AUGGCCAAUAUUCAAGAAAGUAUCAUCGAGGAGCUUGUUUUAGUUGUCGAAAAUGCAUAUACUGUAAAAUAUGCAUUUACAAGAAUCUUCAAUCCGAAUUGGACUAAAGAAAAAGUCGACUUUGUCCAGCAAAAAAUAGAAGAUUAUAAUUAUUCAUUAAGUUCAAAAGAAUAUUUUAAUUUUACUUUGUGUGCUCGCUGCAAUAGUAAUUUGUUAAGAUUAUUCUCAAAAGCAAAAAAGACCCAAAUACAAAAUACUGUAAUUGAUCCGGAAAUGGAUACACAUAAUCUUACCAUUCCAAUUAGCGAAACUUCUGAACCAAAAGAAAAAUGUUAUUGGAAAUCUAAUAAAAAAGAUUAUA